CCUCGAGGUUCUAUGGGGGCUGUAGUUAUUGUUUUCCCACGGAAGUAUCCUCCCAUUUUCCAUAGGUUUCGCAAGGUUUGCAUUGACGGUAGUGUGCGUUUCUCUGUUGGAAGUAUUUAGUCGUUUUGGCAUGAAAUUCGUGUACAGCAGUAUUUGAAUUUGUGGAGGCAUGUCCAAGAAAAGGGGCAGAAAGCGGAGUAGCGGGGAGCUGAGUGACACCACAGUGAUGAACCCUGACCCCAACAGUCUCCUGGGAGUGAGAAUACAACACACCUGGAGGGAGAAGGGCAACCAGAGCAAAUGGAAAGGCACCGUCCUGGACCGUCUCAAUGUCAACCCCUCACUAUUCAUGGUCAAGUACGACGGGUUUGACUGUGUCUACGGCAUCGAGCUAUUCAAGGACGAAAGGGUGUCUAAUCUACAGGUUCUCACAGAUAAACUUGUCAACAACAAGAUCAAGGUUCCUCACGGGGCAGAGGAUUUGGUAGGCAAAGCGGUGGAGCACCUUUUUGAGAAGGAGGAUGGAGAGAAGAACGAGUGGCGAGGCAUGGUCCUCUCCAGGGCUCCCAUUAUGACUAACUGGUAUUACAUCACCUAUGAGAAGGACCCAGUGCUAUACAUGUACCAGCUGUGGGACGACUAUGCCGAGGGAGAUCUCAGGAUCUUACCUGAAGCAGAAAAUAAGCACUUGCUUCCGGCCGACCGAAAGCCAGGCGAGGAGACUGAGAGUCUUGUGGGUAAGCAGGUGGAGUAUGUUACUGACAAAGGUGUGAAGCGAACAGGCCUAGUGAUCUACCAAGUCCCUGCCAAGCCCUCUGUAUACUACAUCAAAUACGACGAUGACUUUCACAUCCAUGUCUACGACCUGGUCAAGACCACAUAGGACACUUGUUUACUCACUCCAUCGCUUACUUUUCACUUAUCCUCCUCUCUCUAUCUCUCGAACUGCCUAAAGGCCCUGGAGGGUUUAACAGUUAUGCUUUGUCAUUCAGGAAGUGCAAUCUAUUAGUCCACAUUGAAUCUAGUUCUAUGAUAUGCACAGCAGAACUGUAGCAAUGAUAUUGUAGGCCACUAGGAGGAGGGUGGGAACGUGUACACUUGGAAGGACCUUUUUACCCCAUUUCCUGGUUGUGCUCCACCGUAGACUCACAUAUUGGACAGUCCAGGAGUGCACCUUGCCCUAUGACAGACUCACAUCUUGGACAGUCCAGGAGUGCACCUUGCCCUAUGACAGACUCACAUCUUGGACAGUCCAGGAGUGCACCUUGCCCUAUGACAGACUCACAUCUUGGACAGUCCAGGAGUGCACCUUGCCCUAUGAUAGACUCACAUCUUGGACAGUCCAGGAGUGCACCUUGCCCUAUGACAGACUCACAUCUUGGACAGUCCAGGAGUGCACCUUGCCCUAUGACAGACUCACAUCUUGGACAGUCCAGGAGUGCACCUUGCCCUAUGAUAGACUCACAUCUUGGACAGUCCAGGAGUGCACCUUGCCCUAUGACAGACUCACAUCUUGGACAGUCCAGGAGUGCACCUUGCCCUAUGACAGACUCACAUCUUGGACAGUCCAGGAGUGCACCUUGCCCUAUGACAGACUCACAUCUUGGACAGUCCAGGAGUGCACCUUGCCCUAUGACAGACUCACAUCUUGGACAGUCCAGGAGUGCAUCUUUCCCUAUGACAGACUUACAGUAUAGUGCAAGAAUGACCACAUUUCAAUUGUUUCCCACAUCCUGAUGCUUAAUUCAAAGCAGAACUGAAUUAUAUAUUAUAAAACUAAAAGCUGGCCCCAGUAGCCAUUCAUAUUUGGUCCUUGAAUGGCCAAACAGCGAGCAUGAUGUAUAAGUGAAUCUUUGUAGAGACUAGUUUGAGCUGUUUUGUUCAGUGAAGUGUUAGCUUUGAAAGUGAAAUGCAGUAACCUUUGAUGCCCCUGAAAGCAUCAUUACAUUUUUUUUUUUGUCUUUAUCAAUAGGCAACUAACUUUGUUUGAUUUGUCAGUCAGUUCAUAGACAAUCAUUCCUUGAUAAACCCACAGUGCUAUCAUUGGAUUCAUAGCACUGGGUUGCACUGGCCUAGGAGUAGUGUAUAGCAGUGUCUCCCAACUCCAGUCCUCGAGUACCCCUAAUAGCACACCAUCUUGUUGUUGGCCCGAACAACCUCACCUAAUUCAACUCAUUGAGGGCUUGACGAUUAGUUAACCAUUGGAAUCUGUGUGCUUAUCCAGGGCUACAACAAAAAUGUUUGCUGUUGGGGUUAUUGGACAACUGGAGUUGAGAAGCACUGCUGUGUGGUGAUGGUUCAAACACUAUUUUGAACUGCCUAAUAUAACAUUCAUAAUGCUGAAUCAGGACUUGUUAGAAACAAGGAAUACAGGUCUUCAUAAAGUUAGGGCCAGGAUUUUGUCUUGACCACACAACCUGAUGACUUGUCCAGAUCAAGAAAACUUCUGGCCCUGACAAUAACUGACAUGUUCAAAACAUCAUCAGACUGUAUGAUAAGCUUGAGGAGUAGAAUAGAGGCAGGACUUUACACUACAUUCUGAUCUUCAGUAGAAAACAAACAAGCAUCAUAAAGUGCCUUCAGGCUGAUCAUGUUGCCAUACUCUAUAUAUUUGCUAACCUCUCACAAUUUGAUUCUGUUUAAUGUUAAAGCCACUAUUUGGUCAGUAUUAGUAAAAGUAAAAAAUGCUCGAAAGAAACAAACGUGUCAAAGACUGAGUGACAAGGUUGUUGCUAUUGUCGGUUUGUAUUAGAGAAUAUGUGCAAUGUUGGCAGUUACUGCAGUAUACAAUAAUUUCCCCCAAUAUAACAUCCAUGACCAACAACAAGUGGUAUAUUGUAGCAAUGGUAAGCCAUAAUGGUAAAACGCAUGGAGAAAAUAAAACAUUUAUAACACGUUAUACAGUAUUUAAUCUGUAACUUUAGAUUGUGUUGUAAAUGUAUGCUGUUGUGAGUACUUCCUUUAUAUUGUAAAUAUCCCAUUGAAACACCAGCUUUAGAACCCAUCUACAAAUCUCACCUAGAGAAAUGCAGCAAAGACAGCUUCCAAAAGAUGCUUAGGCCUGGUCUCUUGAGGAAAAAUACAAGUUUUCACUUUUUAAUCUUAUUUUAAAGAUUUGAGAGCUACACUCCAUAAUGUAAUCCCAGGAAGUCCAAAACUCAAAUGGACUGGCUAGGAGAAUUCAGAUUUACAGUCUCCUGUCCUACUCACCACUCCAGGGUAUCCAGUCUAUCUUUUUACACAGUACAUUGGUCCAUGGUGCAUAGGGGUAAUUGUACUUAGGCAGUGUUUAGACAGGUAGCCCAAUUCUGAUCUUGUUUUUCACUUGGUCUUUUGACCAAUCAGAUUAUCUCUGAAAAAGAUCUGAAGUGAAAAGUCCAAUUAGCAGGGAAAAAAUACUGAAUUGGGCUGCCAGUAUAAAUGUAGCCUUUUAUUGUCAGAUUUGCAUGCAUAAAUUGAAUGCAACCAAGCAUAUUAGUUAUGACAGUUGCAUAUGUGAUAUAUCUGGAAGAUAAUUUUGUGGCAGUCUUUGCAGUCCAAUUUUAGUAAAAUAUUUAGCUAGAAAAUGUGACUGUAAAAAAACUAAAUUGUCAGGGCUUAUCUAUAGACGGGUUAGCUGACGUCACGAAAACGAUGUGCACGCUUCAAUGGGGCAGAAGACAGUGUGUUGUGAUUCUGGAUGGUCAGAUAGCUAGCAACAAUGACAAGAACCUGCCACGUUUGGAAUCCGUAGGUGGCUCGUUUUAUCUAGUUCUUGAUACCAUGUCUUGUUUUGAGGCGUUUUGACGGAUGUCCCAUCUAUGCUAAUAUUCUGUAACGUUAUAUUUGAGGGACAUGUGUAUGGGGUCAAUUUCACACCAUAUGUAUUGAAUUCAAAAUAAAAAAUACAAAAACGUGAACAUGAAAAAUAAAGUUGAGAAUGUUAACAUAUUUUUGAGAACGGGUGAUAUAAUAGAUGUUGAUCAAAAACCAAACAAUUGAAAGCACAAUGUAUAGAGUUGUAAACAAAAAUAAUACAUCAAAAACUUUUAAGCAAAUAAUUUUAAAGCGAGAGCAAAAACUCCAAGACAAAUUAUAUAUAUUUUUUAACUUGAAAACUAAUGCAAAAAUCGUUUUCGGUUAAAUGUUCAAUCAAUCCGUUUCUUUUGCUUUCACUACCAGUCUUUUCGAUUGCAAUUUUUGGCAUUAUUUUUCAGUGAAGGGCAGGGUUUAGAGGGAUGCGUAGACAAUGAGUCUCCAUUGGUUCACUAGUUUUGGAGUGACGGUUCGUCUUAACCCAAUCAAUGAACACCUCCCUCUAAACCCCGCCCUUCACGGAAAAAUAAUUUCAAAACUCGCAAUCGAAAAGACUGGCAGUGAAAGCAAAGAAACAGCCAACAAAAGCAAAGAUACGAGUAGUGUAACCAACAGGUAGUACAUGCAGGCAAGAGCGUAGGCAAAAUGUAUUCAACAGGAUUGGUUGCUAGGAAAGUUUAACUGAAAACAAUUUUUGCAUUAGUUUUCAAAUGUAUAUAUUUUUUACCAUUUGUCAUAGAGUUAUCCUCCCGCUUUAAAAUAAUUUGCUUUCAAGUUUUUGGGUUUUGCUUCUGAUGUCUUAUUUUUGUUUACAAUUAUAUACAUUUUGCUUUCAAUUGUUUGGUUUUUGAUUUCAACAUCCAUUAUUUCACCCAUCCUCAAAAACAUGUUUACAUUCUCAACUUUAUUUUUCAUGUUCACGAUAUAUUAUAUAUUCAAUACAUAUGGUGUGAAAUUGACCCCACACAAGUACUCAUUGUUCACAUUUGUUUUCAGCAAACAUUGGAAACAAAAUAUAGCCAACCGUGUAUGUUUUGCCCCAUAGUUGCGUACGAGUCGGUUUUGUUGCUAAACAACCAACCUCUCAAUGCUACUUGUAUCACCACCAUUUGUGUUGUGGUGUUUCUAUGUACAGUAAAAUGAAACUCCAACAGAUUGUGUGUACUCUUCUGUUAUUGUGCAUUUCUUUUUUUACUCCUCCCAGGUCUGGAGUUGUAGCAAUCAACAACACAUUUGUGUAAUUGUUACGUCAUGAGUAAUAAAUGUUUUUUUUGUGUGUU